CUGGCCUGCGAAAUGGGCUCGACUCCUCUGCCUUGAUUACAGCGAUGGUCCCUCCGCAUAUCAACUUUUUUUUUUUUUAAUAAAAGCCUGUUCGCGAUGACAUUUGGAGGUGAAUUGGCAGUCCAGCUCAGCCCGGUGAUUUCAGAACUGGUUCCUAUGCAGGCCGACUGGCUUGCAAGUUUCAGUACCUGUGCAGUACAAUAGACGCGCUUGCUUUGUCACGGGAUUGCUAUGAAACAAUCUCAGGAGCGCAACCAGGAGUGCCUGCCUCCGAAGAAGAGGGACCUCCUCGUCAGUAACAGCAGUGGAGCUGCAGGGACUGGAGGAGUUGGCGCUGCAGGGACUGGAGGAGGUGGCGCUGCAGUGGGCGGAGGUGGCGGCGGCGCUGCUGCUGUUGUAGAAGAUGAAGUGGUUUCCGUCCAGAACUCUGCCACGAACAGUGACACUCGGAGAGGGACCCCGUCUGGAGAGUGGCUGCGAGCUCAGCCAGGGCUUCAUUAUGGCGUGGAUCAUUCUGAUGGCAUACCAGCAGCAGUGCCAGUUGACCAGUACGGUAUGCUCUACAAAGUGGCUCUUCCAUCUGUCACCUACUCGCCUACUAGUCUUCACCCAGUGUUAAGCCACAUCUCUCCAGCGUACACAGUACACUCGUCUCUCCUCCAGCAUCCAGGCCUUUCCUAUCCUCCUCUUGGUUAUGCCCAAAUCCCCCAUUCCUCUCUGCAGUUUGUUAGUUCCUCAUAUGCAGCGGUACCCUAUGCCCUACCCCCUGGCUUUGUCCCGGGAUCAUUGAUCUCUCCCUCAGGCACCAUUCCUCAGCCCCAUGCUGUGUCACACCUUGUUCCCUAUCCAUCUAUCAUGCAGGAUGGUGUUGUUUCCCCACCUCCCCAGGCCCAUACUUUUGCCAAAGCCGCAGGAUCCAGUGGUGUCCCCCUGAUGCUCUCUUCAGAGCAAGCUGCCCAGCAGCACCUCGGUAAUGUCGGAGUCCUGCCCACGACAGAGCUUAGCUCCCGAGGGUUGCAAGUCUUCUAUCACCCGCAGGGCGCCAGGGCUUCCACUGCCAGCAGAGACCCACACAGUGCCCAGCAGGAGAACGAGGCAGAGAUGAAUGGAUGCGACAAAGAGCAGGCAGCUAGGGAGCUUAUGCUCGACUCGGCCUACGCUGCCAGAAGUGCACAUCUGCUGCUGGGAGCGCCCAAGCCUUUAGCCCAAGAGUACAGCCAAGACAGAGGCUCGCUAAACCGGAGGCUGGAUGAGAGGAGCUCACCUGGCCAGCGCAGCACUCCAGACAGCGACUUGGAGGUGCAGCAGGUGGUUGGUCGCUUGACCUCCUCUAGCCAGUGUGGAGUGCGAAAAGAGGUCUCCUUUGCCCCCUUGAACCUCUCUCAGGGUUCCCAGAGAGCCAGAGACGUGGAGGGCGCGGCCAUGAUUUCCGGGCAGACUGCUUUUUCGACUCAGACUGUGAGUUACAACGAUCCCAGAGUGACCGGUCUCCAGCAGCAAACGGGACAACCAGGCCACGCUGUCAUGCUGGCCAAUGGCCAACCAGUUCUUAUACCCUUGGAAUAUCACCUGCAGCAUCACCCCCUGCCGCCACAGCACUACCUAGGACCGGCUAAUGAAGCCUCAGCCAGCCAUGCAUCUCCCGCCAUGGCCUCCCCGGACGCAAGCUUCAAGGCCACUGACUCUUCAGCCAGAGUGUGCCUCCUCGAAAGGGCAGAGCUGACCACCGCUCAACAGCAGCUGCCCCAGCAGCCUCCUGUCCAGCCCGCGGCCGUUGCGACUCAGGCCGUAGCGUCCAGCCUCGCUCCUGCCGCGGCCGCCACCAACCCAUCACACUUCAUGAAGGGAGCCAUCAUCCAGCUGGCUACUGGGGAGCUGAAGCGCGUGGAGGACCUCCAGACUCAGGACUUUGUGCGGAGCGCCGAGGUGAGCGGGGGACUGAAGAUCGAUUCCAGUAUGGUAGUGGACAUCCGUGCCAGUCAGCAGAGAGCCGGUCUCAUGUCGCUUCACUUCACCGUGGGGGAGCAGCAGAGCAAAGUGACCAUCGAUGUGCCUCCGGAGCACCCUUUUUUUGUUUUCGGGCAAGGCUGGUCGUCCUGCAACCCUGACCGCACGGCCCAGCUCUACGGCUUGGCCUGCCACCACCUGCAAGUAGGGGACGUGUGUGUGUCCAUCACCCUGCAGCCGCAGCUUCAGCAGCAGAAACAAGCGCAGCUCCAUCAUUCCCAGCAGCAACAAAAACAGCAGAACCUGUCCAGGACUUUGACCAAAACCAACGCCACAUCAAGUCACCAGCUCAUGGGGCCUCCUGCCCCCCAACAGUCACGGCCUCCAUCUCAUUUCAGACCGGACCGCAUUCACAGAGAAAGACCGAGGGACGGGGAAAAAGAUGUGGUCGACAGGGAAGAGACCCCAUACUUUGGGGUUGUUGGGCACUCUGAGUCACCCGUCAGACCAAGUAGGACCUCGGCAGAGCACCCGAGGAGCCAGAGCAGCUACCACUUGCACACAGAGGGCUCUACAUUUGCAGGCGCAGGGACGGGAGCAAUGCAGGCUGCGGUAGGGACUUCUCAGAGGCGCUGGUCCUCCGGUUCACCCGGCCUCCAAAGAUACAGUACAAAGGGAGACGAUGGGCCACGCCCUCAGAUAAGCACCACAGGCCACACGAGGCCCUCUUUCAUCCCCCAGGAGGUGAAACUGUCCAUCGAGGGGCGCUCUAAUGCAGGGAAGUAGCAUCACUUUUUGGUAGCACUAUAGAGGAGACGGCCACGAAGGACGAGGAGACAAAGAGGAAAUCAAGAGUGCGAAUGUAGCCUCAGACUGUUUGAGAUUUUGCACACCUACAACAUAAAAAAAAGAGGUCUCUGAUGAGAUGUUCCGCUUCGGAUCGGUUGUCACUCAGCCAAAGGAUACGCACCGGUGUUUUUAGGCCAGCUGAUGUCCAACCGAGUCAUCACAAGCUGAGUAGAACGUAUGUAGCGGAUGAAAUGCCUACCAUAGUCCUUGUGCACUGCAUUUCUUCUCCUCCCUCCUUCCCACCUUUGUCACCACUUCCUAAGGCCUGGUUUCCUUCAAAGGCGUUUGCCCCCCACCCCCCCAAAAAAGCGAGGAGUUGCCUACCAUCAGCAGCUCGCUUACUGUCAGUGCACGCUACUUUAUGCUGAAAGCUCUGCAGAGACGCUCUGUCCCCUCCUUCCAUUUCAGAAGGCUGCUCUGCGAUGAAUGGGAUCCUCUCUCAGGCCAAGCGUGGCACGUUGCACUUGUCUUACAAUCAAAAUAGUGAUUAGUCAAUCAGUAUGUCUGUUCAUCAAUCAGCGUCCACGCAAAAACAAAACCUCACCCUCUGCAAAAGGCCGAGGGCCUGAAUGUGUAGGUGUGUUUUUGUAUGAAUGCCGCAUGUUGCAGCGAUGCUUUGUUCUAGAGAUCUUCUAUUGCAGUAACAUCAGUCACCCUUUCUUACGUUCCUGUCCUGAGCAACGGUUUUAUCUUUGUCCUUGCUACUCUUUGCUCACUUACCAAAUUAAAGCAAUAGUUGUGUUUACAGCAUGUGUACGUGCUGUACUGCUCUCCCCCACCAGAUGUUUUAAUAUCUGUACCAGGUUGUGAGAUCUAAUCCCCUCCUUUUAAAGGCGGUUAAUUUUUUUGGUGUUUAUUUUAAUGAAAUCUUCAGUAUUUCUGCACAAAGCAAUGCACAACAAAUCUCAAGAAAACAUUGUCGGUGAAAGUGGUUCUCUGUGAUUUUACUGGUGACGUUGCAUGUUUUAUCCCCACUCUAAUUAAGUGGUCAUUUUCUCUUCAGCCUUUUGUUUAACAUCUACUGUCCUUUGCUUUUGUACGAGGAUCUACUUCUCUGGCGUAUCUGAUUGUUUUGUGUUGCACAUAGAAAAACCUCACUCGUUGAUUUCACACUGACCGUGGGAAUAGGAACCACAGGAUAUCUUUUUUAUGAAGGGAAUAUCGUUGAAGUAUUGUUGGUGUUUUGUAGGCAGGGGGAGAGAAAAAAAGCUGACUUGCAUUUUCAACCGUGUUUACAAUUUAGCCAAGAGGAAUGCUGCAGUUUUCUCCUUCUGACAGAUUUCUGUCACUGAAAAAAACAAAACAACAGGGGUUCAAUUUAAAAUAAGUGCAAUUAGAACACACAUCAAAUCAUUUAGUUUCACGAUCAGAUGGCAUUCCUCAUGAAGACAUUCCAAUUUAAAAGUGUUAAUCACACAGGUUCGUUUCCCAUAGAUCUUCUCACUUACCUCCGUCAAAACGUGUUCAAAAAAUGUGUUUUGAAUGUCUCAUAGAUCGCCGGUUAUAUUUCCUCUCAUCGGACGGUCUCAGGCAGGCGCCACAAACGUGGUAGUGAUUCUUCUGACCGAUGUGCCGGCGCUGUCCCAGCAGGCCCAGACUGCGGUGCGUUUGUACCCGGCGUCUCGAUAGAGCCGUGUGAGCCUCGCUGACGACACAGCCUGAAGCUCCGUCAGCAGGUAUCGAGGUCACGUGGGAGCAGGUGUCAUGAGCAGCUUUAAAGGAGAGCUUCAUGUUAAUACAAGUCUUAGUCAUUCUCAUACGCCCCCUAACAAGUUAUUGGGUGCUGGAAUCCUUCCCACUGUCCGUACUGGCUGUACAAAUUUUCCUUCCUAAUGCUUUUAAUGGUUUCUCUGUAUGGACAGGAGGAAUGUUUGUGACAACUCAAUUUACACAUGGAAUCAUUAUUUUAAUUAGAUAUUAUUGUGAGCUCUAUCAUUUUAAAGUGCUUUGCUUUAAUACACCACAAGUUAUUGUCUUGCUGUAAGCAAUUUACUUAACAGCUGAAACAUUUCACGUCGUCUUGGCGUUUUCUAUGCAGUAAACUCGGUGUGGUGCCCUUUGUUGUCUUAAGUAAAGCUCUGUGAAGUCGCAGGCGCGUUAAACUGAUGUCUGGUUAUAGGAUUUCUUGCUUUGAAUGACCUUUUUAUAGGAAUACAAACCAGUAUUUUGCUUAGCUACUUUCAGUUUUUUCUAUCUAUGUGUCCUCGUCCUCCUCCCGUAUUUCAUCUCGUUGAGACUCGCAGAUCCGUAUCUUGGGUCAAGAUGCAUUGGAUGGGAUGUAAAUGGGGCAAGCGGUGCCACCUUUUGUGUGUGUGUGUGUGCACUUCCUGCAAAUCCACCCUGUGCUGCCCUGAGCCUUUGAGCAGCUCUGCUUCGUGUCCGGGGAGUUUCAUUCACAUCACUGAUAGUCUGUUGCUGUAAGUAAUUGCACUAAAUUUCCUCCUUUUACAGUGUUUUGAGCUUAAACUGUAAACAGUAAAUUGAAGAGUUCCAAAAUGUAAAGCACUCAAAGUCAUGGAGACAUCUUAGGUUCUGUUUCUGUACAUAGCUGUAUUUUUUUUUUGUAUAGAUUACUUUGAUGAUGCUUGUUAAUAUUGCCUUAAAUUCUGCUCUGUUCAAUGUGUGAAGGUGAAAUAAUGGAAUGCUCCUGAUAGACUUGUAUUCCCUCCUCAGGCGAGAAAUAAUCAAGCAGAAAUUCAUAUUCAUAUUUCUGAAUUGUGGUGGUGAAAUUUCUGUCCCCCAGAUGCUUUAACCAUGAAACGUGCGUGUUUGGUAUUUUUUAAUACAUUCUUUUCUUUGACACUUGCCUUUUCAUUUCAGUUUUUUUUAAUGUGUGUUGGUGAAGUAAAUGGAAGCACUUUUCUGCACUUUUUUUUCUCUUUUUUCAAGACGAUGAGAAGAGUGUCUAACUGAGGGCAAUCCAUUAAUCACACACACACACACACACACACACUUUAAUUGUCGUUGCACAAGAUCAGUAGUUUCCCCCUGGAAUGAAUGGGAUGUGUUUGGCGUCUCGUGCCUGGUCACAGUCUCUGUGUGGGGAGGCGGAGACGGACUGGCUGCAGUAAUCGGAUAGCUUUCCCCUGGUGGUGACGUGACGGUUUAUUAUGUUUCGUGACAUUGGCGGUGGGGAUUUCUACUCCCCCGUAUGAACUACUUCCCGUUGUUUGACCCAGGCAUUGAACUGCAAAAGUGAAUUUAGAUGAUUUUUUUUUUUUGGUGUCGCUGAUGUCCAGUUAAAUCCCGAGAACGGUUAAAAGUUUUAAAGAAGUCCGUAUUUUCAGACUUUCCAUUUUUCUCUUUGGCCUCGCUGUGGCGCUGCUUUUCUAUGUGACGUGCAACCAAUGAAAAACAAAAAAACAGCAGUUUUUGUUUUAAAUGCCUAAAUCUGCAAAAUAUAUGCAAUGAUGUAAAUGUAACAUUCAAUCCUCAGAUAUAAUCCAGGUUGUAUGAACUUUGUAUAGUGAGUUUUAAUAUUGUAUGGCCGUUCCAAUAUGUAUUGAUCUUUAUCAGAAGCCUUAGUUGUUGACCGAAAGUGCUCCCUUAGAAUACCCCAAACCUACCUGACUUUAACAAAGCAUUAAUAUCUCUAUUUUGUUGCGUUUUCAUUUCUACUGGUUUUGAAUAAAAUAGAUUUGUACUGUAUAUUUGUACCUCUCUGUGAACUACUUAGGGUGUUUCUUUUGUUUUUGUUUUGCUGUUUUAAUGUACUUUAAGGACACAAAGAUAUUGUAUUUUUAUUGUUACAGCUAACUUGGAGACAUUGCAUUUAUUAUGUUUGUUAAGUAAACGCAAUAUAAUAUAUAUAUAAAAUAUAAACUAUUAUCCAA